AUGGAGCUGGGCGGGCUUCAGAGGUCCGCGACGUCGUAUCGCCGCCAGGGAUCCUCCGGCCUGGUGUGGGACGACAAGCUCAUCGCCGAAUUCAGCCGCCAGGCCGACGCCGAAAGGGCUGAAAGGGCCGCCGCGGCCGCCGCCGCCGGCGGCGGAGAUCCGUCGUCCUCCCCCGAUGCUAUCACCGACACCACGAACCUCCGGGUCAAAACCGACGCGCCCUCGUCGGAGCCGGCCAAGAUGCGUCGCAGCCACUCCGCCGGCGGCCGCGCCUACCGGUCCGUGAAGGUCGCCUCGUCGCCGAAUCCCAACGUCGAUCCGCCUUCCCCCAAGGUCUCCACCUGCUGUGCGAUCUUCGCGAGUCCCAAGCCUCCCGCCGGCGGCCGCCGCCCGCGCAGCAGGCAGCAGCAGCCGCCGCGGAGGCAGAUGAGAAAGGCUAGUAAGCGCUCUUGA